UCCUCAUCCUCCUCCCCCACUCUCUCUCUCUCUCGGCCACUUCCCUACAAUUCAAUUCAACCUGCCAGACACCAUCAUGGCUGACUCUAAGCCCAAGCCACCCUCAAUUCCCUCAUGGCAGCAGGCCAACGCCAAAUCCAAUGACUCGACUUCCACCUCCACCUCCACCUCCACCUCAUCGCCGACCUCCGAUGAGCCCUCACGGUCUACGCUCGUCGAGCAAGCAGCCAAGUUCCUCCAGGAUGACUCCAUCCAAGACGAGAUCAACACGCUGCUGGGCUUAUCGCCCACCCCGGAGGAGACAACUAGUACGACCGAGGAUGCGAAGACCGCUUCCCCAGAUAGCACUUCUACGAGCACCGACUCAGCUUCUCCGACAAGCAGCACCCUCCAGGCUUCUCCCCAACCCUCUUUCUCAUCCUCCACCACUUCUGCACCAGAAUCUGCACCAGCAGCCACAGCCUCAUCUUCAACACCAACCCCAACAAGCACCCCCAAAACCAACACCACCCGCGACAUGCCCCCGAUCAUCACCUAUCCCGAAUUCCUCACCACACCCACCCAACCCCCACCCCUCGUCACUCUCCGCAGCGUCCUCUACACUCUCUACGGCGCAGCCGGCCUCAGCGCGAGCCUAUACGGCGCGAGCGAAUUCCUAAUAAAGCCAAUGCUCGCGAACCUAACCUCAGCCCGACAAGAGCUGGCCUCCACCGCAACCCUGAACCUGCAAAGGCUCAACGAGAAGCUCGAGAAAACCGUCUCCCUCUUCCACCGCGACAUAGCAACCCAAACCACAACCUCCGACUUCGCCCCAACCACCUCCAUCCCCUCCCUCCCAUCCACCCAAGACACACAAGCCUCCACCCCAACAGCAAAGGUAUUAGCACACACCACCCGUCUCGAAUCCAUCACCUCGCAGCUCCGUGACUUCUCGUCCACAGAGAAAGAUUCCAGCGCGUUCGACGACUCCCUGCGCACGCGGCUGAACGAGCUACACCAUUAUCUGGAUGGGCUGAUCUACGCGAAAGCCGGGUUCAAUCCGCUAGCCGGAUACGGGGCGUAUAGUACGCCCGGGAUUGAAUCGGGGGGUGGAGCGGCGACGGGCGUGGGGAAGGGCGAAGAGGAUGCGAUUGCGGGGUUCCGGGCGGAGAUUCGGGGCGUGAAGGGGGCGAUGUUGAGCGCGAGAAACUUUCCGGCGGGGAGAGGGGGGAGGGUGGGGGGUGGGUUAGUGAGGGAGUGA